AUAAGCCAGUAUGCUACCCAAAAUGUACUGAAGGUGUUAUAUUAUUUGGCGUACCUUUAAUAUGUUAACCUUGAUAUUAAUCUUACUGGCAACAUUGCCACCUUUUGUACUUCCGCUGUCUUAGAUCACCGAUUCCAAUAAAGACUUCUGACGAUUAAACGUGCUUUUUUUGUGACUCUUUCCCAUCAUCACAACAUGGUGUCAGAAGCUCUCGCGGUUAUCGAGAAAGUGCGUAUCGGUUCGCGACGAUAAAAAAAGAAAAGGAAUCGGUGUUAUAGGAAUCGAGUGCGCGUGUGUACGUGCCGUAUAUUUCCAUCUGACCGGUCUUGAAGAGCUAGAGUGAAAUGGAGGAAUUUAGCGAAUUGCUUAGAAAUCAAAAUAAACUUUUCGAGAAGUUUAUACGCCAUGUUCAGAAUGGUCAGCAGCAGGCAGCAGCGGCUGCUCCUCCGGUGUUACCAAGUGUUCCGCUUCCUCCUCCCUUAGCGAUUGAUGGUGACAUGGAGGAGAAUUUCAGCUUCUUUGAGGCUAAUUGGAAAAACUAUGCCACAGCAGUCGGCAUGGAUGCCUGGCCAGAGGAAGAAAAUACUAAGAAAGUGAGCUUCUUGCUAUCGAUCGUUGGUGUAUAUGCUUUGAAAAAAUACUUCAAUUUUGAGCUGACGGAAGAAGACAAACGUACGUCUGACAGUGUUCUAGCGGCAAUUAGAAAAAAAAGUGGUAAGUGCACGGAAUGUGAUAGUAGACCGGUUGGAUUUUUUCACGGCUACUCAACUAUCGUCCGAGUGUGUUGACGAUUACGUGUCGCGGUUGAAGGUUAUGGCAAGAGUUUGUCAUUUCGGACAGUUGGAAAGUGCAAUGUUGACGUACAAAAUCGUAACCUCAAAUAAAUGGCCGCAUUUGAAAUCAAAAAUGCUCACAAUGGCUGACAUUACGGCAGUGAAGGCAGUUGAUUUGUGCCGCAUUGAAGAAAUCACGGCAAAACACGCCCAAGUGCUUUUGCUGGACGGAAAGAGGGAUGUGCAAACACUGAAAUCGUUAGAAAGCCGCAAGUGUAAGUUUUGCGGAAAAUGGCACGUCUUUGCCAAAGGUUCCUGUCCUGCGUAUGGAAAAAAGUGCCAAAAGUGCGGUGGUAAAAACCACUACAAAAAAGUAUGUCGUGCGGAAAAUGGAUCGAAGAAGAAGUCACGAAAAGUAAAACAUGUGAAUGACGGAAGCAGCAGCAGUUCUGAAGAGGGCGAUUCACAGUGCAGUGAUAUUGACGAUUCGGAUGAGUCCCAUGUCGAUGGGGAAAUCGGGAAAAUUUAUGACAACUCCCAAAGCGGAGGCAACGUGAUGGCAGAAAUACGACUUAAAGUUGGGAAAACUUGGAAGAAAGUUAAGUGCGAACUAGAUACGGGAGCUAAUACGAGUUUAAUCGGGCGUGAGUGGCUGUGUAAACUGAUUGAUGACCCGGAGCCGCAGCUUUUGCCGUCACAUUAUAAGCUGCAGGCUUUCGGCGGAAGCUCAAUUACAGUGCUUGGGCAAGUGAAACUGUUGUGCAAAUACAAAAAGAAGAAGUACCGACUUGUUCUGCAGGUUGUUGAUGUAAAUCAUAGACCAUUGUUGUCAUUGCGGGUGUGUACUACACUUGGUUUGAUUAAGUUUUGUAACUCGGUGUCUGUGGUACCAGCAUCAUCAUUAACGGAAAAUAGCGAAGAAGAAGUGUUGAAGAUAUACCGGAUCAGAGCUGAAGCGAUCGUCGAUAAAUUCGCCGAUAUUUUCCAGUGUUUCGGCAAAAUGCCUGGAGAAGUAAACUUGGAGAUUGAUGCCAAUGUCCCUCCAGUCAUCCAGCAACCACGACGCGUUCCAAUUGCACUACGAAACCAACUCAAAUUCGAAUUGGAUAAACUCCUGGAGAAUGGAAUAAUAGCAAGGGAGUAUAACCACACGGAUUGGUUUGUGACCAACGUGUAUUUGUUCCUCCUGUCCAACAAUUCGCUCGUUCAAAGGCAACAAACGGAGGAUAGCGAAUCGCUACCGGAACCAACGCAAAUUCUGCUGAUCGAUCGUGUCAAUUGUGCUUAACAACGAAUCGCUAUACUCCGGGCUGAUCGUGGUCCGGCACAAGAUGCUAUACCGGAUCUACGCUUGCACGGGAAAUUGUAACAUACCGAAACCGAAUGAGGGGGAAGAUGCAUCAAACGGUGCGGUAUCGUCCCUACUGGGCUACCGACCAACGUGUAAUUGUUCCUGCUGUCUGAAAAGUCGACCGGACUCGCUCGAUCAAGUACCAAACGGGAUACUGAGUCGCUACCGGAAGCGACACCAAUUCCGCUGAAAUCUAUCGUUUGUGUGUCACCACGAACCGCUAUACUCCGUGCUGAUCGUGCUCCGGAACGAAAUGCUAUACCGGUUCUACGCUUGCAUGGGAAUUUUAAUCGUACCGAAACGGUAAGAGUCAAUGUCCAUCUGCUUCCAGUGUGCGGCAAUGAGAUUUCAGCUCGCCGGAUACACCACGGCCGCAGCUGCUUGUAGCAGGUGAAUUUACUCAACACCAUAUUACGUUUAAAAGCGACCCAGACCGCCCGAAAUGUCACCUGAUUUGCUCUCUGAACGCGUUGCUCAUCCAGAGUUGCUUAUUUUGGCUAUUCGCAACUAACCUACACUGGAUACAAGUCGUUCCUGCAUCCGCCACCCGUGGACGCGCUCGAUGGCUCUCAACUGAGUUUGUGUAUGUAUGUGCCAUUAGGAGCCUUGAGGACAACCAUAACAACUGGGUGACUAAACAGAACAGCGGGACAUUAUGAUUUAGAGCAACACACCACCGUUCUAUGAAUCGUUGGGGUUUGCACCAUGCGAUGUAGAAUAAUAUAGUCAAUGAGACAAAAUAACUAAUCGAAUGAUUCACUGCGUAUAGUUUUUCUCAUGUUCCCAAUCUUCUAUUGGCAGACAGCCGCUUUAAAUAAUCGGUGCAACGUCGUAACAUUAUUUAGUGGAUUCUGGGUGGAAAUGUGGUGCUUCCUGCCGAUGUUGGUGACUCGAAGGCAAACCGAAUAAAAGGGCUCCAGAUUGAAACAGUUAAACAUAUAGGGUAGAUGAUUUAAUUUUUCUCAAACUAUUAGGGUGCUACACUAUGUUCCGAUGAAUAUACUGGAAGAGGUAGAGAUUUUGUGCGAAGUAGGGAUACCAAUUUUUUAUCCCAUAAUUUGAACAGCAGACGAUGUGUUCGGUUAGGUACAAUAAAUAGAUAGGCUACGAUGAUAUAAAGAGAUGUAACCCUCUCAGUGGGAGGCACGAUUCUCGAGAGUCUACGAUAGAAUAUUUAUGCAAUUUCACCCGAUCGAAGUGAAUUAUAACUCUUACAGAAACAUGGACAAAUAUAUUGCGAAUGAAUAAAUUAUGUUUCUAAAGUAAA